UAUUUUUUAUUUUUAUAGAAACGGCGUCUUUGGUGUGACGGAUUCUUCCCCGGCGGUGUAGGGUGGUCAUAACCUAACCAAUAACCAUGGCAUUAGCAACACCGAUUCUGAUGUCUCAUCCUCAAUUCCAAACGUCGUUCUUCACAAAGAGCAACAACCAAGUUACUCCCUCACCCGUAUCCAUCCUAAUCAGAAACAGAAUACAGAUGGUGGUUCCUCAAAGUCAAAGGUAUAUCAUAACCGUCAAGGCCAUGGCCGGUGGUGGACUAUACUCUGCUCAGCAAUUCGAACUCACUCCCCAAAACGUCGAUACCGUUCUCGAUGACGUGAGGCCAUACCUCAUUGCCGAUGGCGGAAACGUGGACGUUGUAUCCGUUGAAGAUGGCAUCGUUUCUCUUAAGCUACAAGGGGCGUGUGGAAGCUGUCCAAGCUCAACAACAACCAUGAAGAUGGGGAUCGAAAGAGUGCUGAAAGAAAAAUUCGGAGAUGCUGUGAAGGAUAUCGUUCAAGUAUUUGAUGAACAAGCUGCUGCAACAAGCGUUGAGGCAGUGAAUGGGCAUCUUGAAAUACUGAGACCAGCCAUAGCCAACUUUGGUGGAAGUGUGGAGGUGGUGUCAGUGUCUGUGGAAGAUGGGGAAUGCGUUGUCAAGUAUACUGGGCCCGACUCAAUUGGAUCGGGAGUCAAAGCAGCAAUCAAGGAGAAGUUUCCAGACAUUCAGAAUGUCUUCUUCACAUAGACUCUAUGUUGCUGCUUGCUGUUGCUGUUAUAGCUUCAUGGGAGAAGCAGCUAAACUCUUGGUGUAUCUUAAAUCUAAAAAUAUACCCUUAUGUAUUUCUAUUUCUCUUAGUUUGUUGCGUAUGUAAAUAUGCAUAUACACCAUCAUACUAUAAUAUAUAUAUUGGCCAAAGUAUGCUUCUCUGUUUAA